AGCUUUUGCGGCUUUGCGUGUCUUUCCGCUUGCCAUGUAAUUAUGUCCGGUGACGCUGGCGUGCCGGUGGAUAGCGCCGCCCAGGCUUUGGUCCUCGGCACCGCAGAUGAGGACCUGGAGCCUUGUGACGCUGGCGUGCCGGUGCAGAGCACCGCCCAAGCUUUGGUCCUCGGCACUGCAGAUGAGGACCUGCAACCUUCACAGCUGACGCAGUCCCAAGGCGUAGGGCCUGUGGAGUCAGAUGAGCGCCUGGGGUUUGCCUUUCGGCCCUCGCGAGAGACAGCAGACAGACGGUCUGAUCCAGCCCAGUUGAUCCUGAGCAAGCUUCAGGAAUGCGCCAGUGAUGUAGACCUUGGUGCAGUGUCGGAGCCCGUCCAGCUCUUCCUCGAGUGCGAGACGGACCAGAAGCUGUACCAGGCGACGUUCGCAAUGCUUGAGCGCGUCACUGCCUCCAAGAAUACGUUGGUGGAGGUUGGCGACGACUCCGCGUUCGACAUCAACCUCCUGGCUCCGGUGCCGAUCAUCACAGCGGUGCAGACCAUGUGCAAGGCACAGGGCUGGUGCGCCGAGGCAGCCCUGCAAGGCCUCUUUACUGUCACCGGCUGGCUGGAGCACGUGGACACCAGGAUCCAGAUCUCGGAGGGUGAGGAGCAUGCCAGAACACCCACCUUGGCAGCGUUCUUCGGUUCGCGGGCAAGCAACCGCAAGAGCUCCAUGCAUAAGUGGCUACUUCAAGAGCUGCUCGACAUCGACACGCUGCCGCACGGCGUCAAGGGCUCGGCGGCAAUCGCUACCGACGCGACCAUCAAAGGUCACCGCAACAACCUGUACAAUUACAGACGCUCAGGCCUCUCUUCGACGGAGCUGAGCGAGACCUACAAGACGUCGUGGACCGACCCAUCCAUCCCGCAAGCCAAGCUGGCGGCCAAGUCUCUCAUCAACAAGUUCGUGCACUCAGAGCGCGAUGCCUCCCUCACCGGAGCAAUGGUGGACGACAACUCCAACUAUAGCUUCUAUCAUUGGAUCAUCGGACACGUUCAGCCGCUAUCGGAGGUUCUGUCUUUGAGGAAGGGGGCCGAAGUCGGCUUCCCGAAACGUUUCCACAUCGUCGUGAAGGGCAUGAAGCCGGCCACGAUACCGGAGCAGGAGUGUCUAGAGUCCAAGCAGUUCCUUGCCGACUUCAUUGUCUUCAUGGCCGAGAGAGCCACGCAGGGGGAUGAGCCCAACAAAGGCGCCACGGUCACGUGCGAUGAGUUCGCUGCCGGCUGGCUCAGGCUCAUCCAGCAAUGCGUUGACGACUUCGCAGAGUCGGUGAGCCUGCCGGAGACGUGGUCCCAGAAAUUGGACUAUGCGGACAGCGACGUGCUUCGCAUCAGCAACAUCGUCCGAAGGAUGCGUCAGUUCCUUCGGCUCCGCGCCGGGCUUGGCUUCGAGGACAAGCCCAUCGGCAUCCGCGACAUCCAGUACGGCAUCCACUCCUGGUCCCGCCAGCUGGAGUUCUACUCCGGCCUGGUGGUUGCUGCUGACAAGGCCGGGGCUGAAGCUACGUCUACUGGGCCCGCCCAAGGUCAGGAUGCUUCUCACCUCUGCAUGAAGUGGGUCUUGCAGAGCACUCCAAGCACAACUGAGGUGCAGAGCACGAAGGAUGUCAGGAAAAAGCUCAAGGGUCGUCUGCAGGCCUUGUGUGAUCGUGGAGCCAAGGGAGACCGCAAGAAGAAGGUCAACGGUCCCGCCAACACCUUGCUACAAGCUGUUCGAGACCUUGCCUCGCAUUCCCUUCUGGACAUUGUCCCAGGGCAAGGCGGUGGCCAUGCGACAUUGACCUUUCGUAAGAGGAAGUGGUCGGACAUCACAGAUUGCCAGGACUCCAGAGACAUGUGCAAGUCCUUGCGCGUUGGUAGUGAGCUCUUCCCGUAGCAAGGCUGCCAGGCAAUCGGGCGCCGGAGCUGUUAGGCCCUCUUGCUUCCUGCUUGACGUUUGUUGCCGCGGAGCAGUUUGGGUUAGUUGACAGUUUGACUUACUGCUGCAGGAUGUCUAAAUCACGGGGCCAGAUCUUGCUGGUAGCAUCUUGGGGCCUGAGCCUGGCGCGGUAGACGUCUUCUGACCCUGUCGCAGGCGCGUGGCGUUGCAAACAGUGACCAAGGCUCCAAGUCAAAGUUCUGCACAAGCGGGAAGUUGUUUGGGGUAACUGUUAGCUGCUCGUCAGACAGGUUGCGAAGACCUAGCGUGCUUGGUGCUUUCGCCGAGCUGUUAGGCUCUCUUGCUUCCUGGUUGACGUGUGUUGCCAUGGGUAUCGUUUGUUGGCUUCUUUGGCCCUCUUGCUUCCUGAUUGACGUUUGUUGCCGCGGAGCAGUUUGGGUUAGUUGACAGUUUGACUUACUGCUGCAAGAUGUCUAAAUCACGGGGCCAGAUCUUGCUGGUAACAUCUUGGGGCCUGAGCCUGGCGCGGUAGACGUCUUCUGACCCUGUCGCAGGCGC